CGCAGGCAGAAUCCGCUCAUUUGCAUGAUCUCAUCCCCCUCCGCAGGAACCCCGCUGAAAACUCGCCAAUCGCAACGCAGCGUACUCACAGCCUUAAUUUGCAUACGGCCUCUAUAAGUAACCAGGCGCUUCCGGUAGCCUCGGUCCUGCUUGACGUGUUUGUGUGCCCUGCCUGCUCCGCUGCACGGUCCUUGUCGUCAUGCCGGAGCCGGCCAAAUCUGCCCCAGCGCCCAAGAAGGGCUCGAAGAAGGCGGUCACCAAAGCCCAGAAGAAGGAUGGCAAGAAGCGCAAGCGCAGCCGCAAGGAGAGCUACUCAAUCUACGUGUACAAGGUGCUGAAGCAGGUGCACCCCGACACCGGCAUCUCGUCCAAGGCCAUGGGUAUCAUGAACUCCUUCGUCAACGACAUCUUCGAGCGCAUCGCCGGGGAGGCGUCCCGCCUGGCGCAUUACAACAAGCGCUCGACCAUCACGUCCCGGGAGAUCCAGACGGCCGUGCGCCUGCUGCUGCCCGGGGAGCUGGCCAAGCACGCCGUGUCCGAGGGCACCAAGGCCGUCACCAAGUACACCAGCUCCAAGUGAGCCCCUUCCCGGGACGCGGCGCUCCUACCAGCGGCCGCUCGCUCGACCCCCCAAAGGCUCUUUUCAGAGCCACCCACCUUUCUCAGUUGAAAGGGGCUGCCCGCUCGCUCGUUCCCGUUUCCCCCUUGAACGUCUUGUCUACCUUGGGGAUGGCGGCUCGUGUAGCCCCGUCCGCAAGUACCUGCCUACCCCACGUUUGCUUGUGUUACUGGAUUCGGGAACUCGAAGUUCAUUUUGAAACCUGAAAACCAGCCUUUAGUGCUGGUGCUUUUUUGCCGAUUCCUACAUUUCAACUGCUACAAAGCCAGCCUUACUCAUGUGGUGGCGGUGUUUUCCCCCGAGACAUGUCACUCGGGGAAGCUUGUCCAGUUUCAAAGUCACGCACAGUAUUCGGGACUGCGGAGGUGAUCGUGCUCCACGGGCAGGGAAGCUACACUGUUUGGGUUUAAGCUAAGGACAUUGGUUGAGUAGAAAUUUUGGUCUCAACGCUUUGGGUUUUUUUAGGUAGUCAUGUGAAGAGCGAUUUCAUGGAAAAAACAUCAGUGAUUGGUUAGCGCAUAGCUAAUCGCUUGCCCACAGGAGAAGCAAGGAAACCAAUUAGGAAUCUGGUGCAGUCUUGCAGAUUUUUUUUUUUUUUAAAGCCAGGCUGUAGUUUAACGGAAAUGUGUCUCAACACCUUUCGUGUUAGAGAUAAUUUAUCACUUUUAAGAUUAGGAAAUACCAUUUUAACAAGUUUAGGGUGACAUCUGGUCCUGAAGUGAGAGUUAAUUCAACUAAAGGAUGUGCAAUUGUGAUCCUUUACAUUUCUCACAAGCUGCCCUGCAAUGAGCUGAACGAGUAUCGUCUGUAAUCUGUAGAUGUGUAUGAUUCUUCAAGUCUCGUCUCUGCAGACUAGCAGCAUCAACAUUACCUGAGAAUUUAAAAUUAAAAUUUCAGACCCCUGUAAUCUGGGUAAUUCUGAUGCAUGCUAAGGUGUGAGGACCACUGUGUAGUUUAGACAUGUUGCAUUGCAAUAGGGAUAACAAUGGAGAUGGUAAGAAAUCGGCAUUAUAUUGCGGAUGUAGAAUUGACAGAUCUUGCUGCGGACUAGGAUUUGGGUAAGUGAAACCUGUAGGGUUUUUGCAUGAGUCAAUUGGGUAGAUAGUCCUGUUUCUGUAAUUGUAACCUGGGUUUCAUUAAGGAAUCCACUUAAUUCCUUAAUGUAGGGUAGUUCUCAAGUGUGUUCAAUGUAGUCUUACCAGGGGACUUUAAAAAAUACUGUUGCCUGCUUGGGUGCCACCCCCAGAAAUUCCUAAUUAAGUGGUUUUGGGCACUGGAGGCAGAGACCAUGAGCCAGCCUAUAUACCUGGGAUAUUUUUAAAAAGCUCCCCAGGUGACUAAGGGGCUGUGAAGUUUGAGAACCACUGUCAAUAUGUGUUCCCCAGAUCUUAACAUUAAUCAGUUCAGGAAUCUAGACCAACCUGCUUAGCACAAACAUUUCAAAAAUGGAACUGAGUAGGGAAAUUUGGAUUGUGCUUAAUCUUUUUUUUUUAAAAAGUUUCUUUACUUUUAAGAGGGAGCAGCAGGAUGGGGUGUUCUGUGGAUAUGAAGACAAAAAUGUUUGUUUAUAGACACUCAGGAGGGCACAGCUGAUGGAGUGCAUGAGUGAAGUGAAACGCUCUUGGAGUUCAGCCAACCUCUGAGCCCUGCUGAACCUUUGAAAACCCAGUUAAGCUAAUUUGUCUGACACACUUUUAUGUAAACUACUUUGGAUCUUGCUCCAACUACACAUUUGGACUCAAUAUCCAAGUGUUAAUAUUUGACCAGCGCCAGAAAUUAAAAAAUGCAGAAUCUUAAGAAUUUUAAACUAAUUCCAUUAAAAAUUUUGUAUUAGUUUUUUAUGGUUGCCAUUAUAAAGCAUUGCAAACGGAGUGGCUCAAAAUAAAUGUGUUCUGCCACAGUUCUGGAGGCUACAAGUCUGAAAUCAAGGUGCUGGCAGGGCCCUGUCCAUCCAAAGGCUCUAGGACAGGAUCCUUCCUUGUCGUUCAGCUUCUGGUACCCCCAGGCUUUUUUCGGUUAUGACAGCAUAACUCCUACUUCUCAGUUUUCUUCCUGUGUGUUUGUACAUUUUAUGAAAAAGACCAUUCAUAUUGGAUUAGGGCUCACCCUAAUGGCUUCAUUUUAAUUUGAUUACUUCUGCAAAGACCCUAUUUCCAAAUAAAGCCGCAUUCUUAGGCACUGGGGUGUUAGACUUCAACAUAUCUUGUUGGGGAUACAGCUCAACCCGUAACAGUAGACAACAGCUGUGGUAGGCUGAAUAUGGCCCCAGAUACAUUCACAUCUAAAUCCCUAGUGUCUGUGUACUUUAAAUGACAAAGGGGACUUUACUGAUGUGGUAUGUGAGAUAGAGAGAUUACCCUGGAUUAUUUGGGUGGGCCCAAUGCAAGCACCAGGGUCCUUAUAAGAGAUUCAGAAGGAUCAAUGCAGAAAGAAGGUGAUGAAAGCAGAGACAUAAAAAUGGUACGAUGUUGGUUUUGAAAAUGGAGGAAGAAGCCAUGAGCCAAGAAAUGCCCCUCUAGAAGCUGGAAAAUGCAUAGGAAUGGAUUUUCCCCUAGAGCGUUAGUUAGGAGAGAGCAGAAUUUUGUUUUCCACUUGGUGAAACUGAUUUUGUACUUCUGAUCUCCAGAACUGUAAAGUAAAUAAAAUGUGUGUUUGAAACCACCAAAUUCAUAGCAGUUUGUUACAACAGCCAUGGGAAACUAAUACAGCAGCUCUAUAGGAUUUUUUUACAGUUGGAGAAAUUUGAACAUAAAUUGCAUAGUAAUAUUGAAUCAAUAAUUUUUUUAGGUAUAGUAAAUAGUAUUGUAGUUGUAUAGGAGAAUGCCCUUAUUUUUAAGAGAGACAUGCUGAAUAAAAAUAAAGUAUUUAGGGAGAAGUGGCAAGAUGUUUGCAACUUUUCAAAUUGUUCAGAAAAUGUAUGUGUAUACACAAAAGGUAAAGCAACUGAAGCAAAUAAUAGCAAUUGGUGAAUCUAGAUAAAGAUAUAUUUGUUCAUUGUACUUUUUUUUUCAGUUUUUCUGUAGGUUUGCAUUUUCAAAACAAAAAACUUAAAGUUUUUAAAAAGUGAUUGGUCUUUAAAAACUGGUACAGAAACAGCUUUCAUAGACAUUGAAUAUUGUUCCUUUUUAUUUUUUCAAAAACACGGUUAAUUGGUGAAAUUUCAGCAUAUGACCAUGAUUUUUCACUCCUUUAUAUUUAAAAAGCUUACCUAUGUUUGACAGUGAUCAUUCUUAUAUUAACUGAAACUCUGAGUGCUAUCCUUUGUUCAUGAUACUUGGCUAUAGUCAUUGGAGGUAAUGGUGACUUAGGUGAUUGAACGGGUCCAGGGAUGCCCAAAUAACAUUGAAUUAGACUUGUGGUUAUUCUGCCUUCUGAUAAUCUGAGGUUAAAACUGAAGUUGGAUAGGGGGACUUUAGUCAAAUACUGAAACUAAAGCUAAAUUAUUCCUGGGUGUGGGAGAGGGGAGGAACAUAUUUAGUCAUGUUGUAGUGAGUCCAAAUGUUUCCAGAAGGGCAGAUCACUUACAAAAGAGCAAGAAUCAGACUUGAUCAAUCUUACCUCUUUGUCUUUCCUGAACUCCAGAUUCUCAUAUUUCAUAUUCCCACUUGGGAAUUUGAUAUUUCCUGUUUGAUAUUUCUACUUGGAUAGCUACCAGGAGUCUCAAAAUUGUGUCCAAGACAGUACUCUUGGUUUUCCCCCUCUAAACCUACUUGUCACUCAGAUAAGCAAAUUGCACCCAUUUACAAGUCCAGUCUUACAAUUGAGAUAGAGAAAUUAUAGGCAGUCAGGGAGAUUGCCACGGUAGAGGUAAUUAGGGCGGAAACCAUAACAGAGCCAGAGGAAAUUAUUUUAGUAGCUGACAGAUAGGUUUCAGUCAUAGCACCCACCAGAGUGAGAAACUCAAGCGGGGGAGGAGGGGUUUUUUUCAAGCCUAUAACAAAGAAGUCAGAAGUUAGGGUUUGGUCUCCAGAAGGGGGAGGGAUUAAGACAGGUUAGUUAGCAUAACAUAUGGCAGUCUGGAAUGCCCAGGUAAAAUGCAUAUCUUCAAAGCUUAGGCCUUAUGAUAACACACCCCGGCCAGAGCAGAAACAUCAAUUCUGACAGCUGAGCUACUCCUAAAGUAAUGCAUCCCAGCCAAAUUAUGUUCUAGGACAAUUGGGCUAUUGGAAAAGCCCCCCUUCCAGGCUGAACAAAUCUGAUAAUAGUACCAAAAGACCGGCCAGCUCUUCUGCCCAGGCAUACAAGAAAAAAUAUAAAAGCAAAAGCUUUUUGCUUUAGCUAGUGGGCAUCCCAGUUUUGGGUACCCCCUCUCAUUUUGAGAGCUGUGACUUUAUGAUUUAAUAAACUGUCAUUUGCUGCAAACCUUACCUCUCUGCUCCGUUCCUCCAUUCUUUGGUUCUGCAAGGCCAUGAUCCCGGCACACAGAAUAAAAAAUAUCAGAGAUCCCACAUCACAAUUAGUCCUUAAUACCUCUUUCAGUCACAUUAUACAUUCAAUUAAUUUCAAAAUACAUCUUCUCAUCUCCACUGCUACUACCUCUGUCUCCUGAACAUAUUACUAUAGCCUUACUGAUUUCUGGGCCUCUACUCUUGCGCUCCUACAGUCUAUUUUCAACAUAUCACCUUGGGUGAGAUUUAAAAAACAUAAGUCAAAUAAUGUCAUUACUCCAAUCAAACUCCAAAGGCACUUAAUUUAUUAAUAAAAAUCUUUGCUAUAGCCUGUGAGGUCCUUCAAUAAACUACGUGAUCUGAACCUCAACUACCUCUGUGAUGUCAUCUCCCUGCAAGUCUUCCCUUUCCUCACUGCGCUUUAGCCCGUGGACUUAUUUCUUGAACUCCCCCCAAAACUGUUGUCUUCACACUUGCUGGCUUAAUACUUUGCCCUUCUCCAAGCUAUCCCAUGGCUAUCUUACUCUGUUCAGGCCUUUGUUCAAAUGUUAACUGAUCAGUCUUGUCAUCCACACACCACUCUAUUCUACUUUUAUGUCAUAACUGAUCAACCCGUUAAUAUUGUAGCUACAUGUCUUUCAUUUGCUUAUUUUCAGCAUCCGUCUACUAGAACGUAGCUUUAUGUGGAUAGGAACUUCUAUUGUUUACUGCUAUAUACCCAACGUGUUUUCUUUCAGAGUGCGAGGUUUUAUUCGCUCCCCCUCAUUGUAAAAGUAAUGUGCAGAAAUACUCAUGACAGAACCUAGAGCACAUUAUUCACACAAGGUAGACAAGACGUUCAAGGGGGAAACGGGAACGAGCGAGCGGGCAGCCCCUUUCAACUGAGAAAGGUGGGUGGCUCUGAAAAGAGCCUUUGGGGGGUCGAGCGAGCGGCCGCUGGUAGGAGCGCCGCGUCCCGGGAAGGGGCUCACUUGGAGCUGGUGUACUUGGUGACGGCCUUGGUGCCCUCGGACACGGCGUGCUUGGCCAGCUCCCCGGGCAGCAGCAGGCGCACGGCCGUCUGGAUCUCCCGGGACGUGAUGGUCGAGCGCUUGUUGUAAUGCGC